AUGGACCACUUUACUUCCUACGACGUCUACCUCUUACCGCGUCAGAAUAUUCCAGGCCUGAGUAACAACACACAGGUCGCAAAAACCUCCAGUCAAAGUGCUGGUCAGUUUGCUGCAUCGCUGGUCACGGGUAUCGUUGCCUUCGUGAUCCAGUUCUUCAUCUUUCUCCUAAUUAAAGACCGCCUUGCACGAAUCUAUCAGCCACGAACCUACCUUGUCCCUCCACGAGAGAGAACCGAACCGGCAGAUCCAGGCUGGUUCAGAUGGGCAAAGUCUGUGCUGAAGACCUCCAACUCCGAGUUCGUGCAGAAAUGUGGCCUCGAUGCCUAUUUUUUCCUCCGAUACCUUAGAACACUCCUCAAGAUCUUCGUUCCUGCCGCCUUUGUCCUCCUGCCUGUGUUAAUACCAUUGAAUUACGUAGGAGGUAGAGGCCAGACGUGGGCACUUGACCACGAAGGCCAGGCAAAUGUUACAGGCUUGAACCAGCUAGCUUGGGGAAAUGUCCAGCCUGCGAAAAAUCGCCGCUACUGGGGUCACUGGUUGAUGGCAUUCCUCUUCGUCGUUUGGAUCUGUUAUGUCUCCUACGACGAGCUGAGGAACUAUAUUCGCAUGCGACAAGCCUACAUCACUUCUCCUCAACACCGAUUACGGGCGUCUGCCACCACAGUGCUAGUAAGCUCGAUCCCAUCAAAAUGGUGUACUGUUGAGGCUCUUGAUGGGCUGUAUGAUGUCUUCCCAGGUGGCAUCCGCAACAUCUGGAUCAACCGUAAUUACGACGAACUUAGUGAGAAGGUGAAGCUGCGUGACCAAAUCGCCCUGCAGCUCGAAUCCGCCGAGACCGAUCUAAUCAAGAAGUGUUUCAAGAAGAACGAAGAAAACAUCAAACAGGCCGCAAAAGAGGCUGGUACGAAACUGACGAAAGAGGAAAGGAAGAAGCAAGCUGCAGACAAAGAUGAGAUGGGUCGUCAGAAUGCUGAGAACGAGUCAGGUGUCAGCUCGGGUGAUCCGCAUCAAGUUAAGCACACGAUAGCUGGAGCACUCGGAGAAGACGAGCCUCGACCUGGCUCAGCAUCAAGCUCGAGUUCCGAAGAUGAAGACCUGGCCAAACCACAAAAGAACAACAUCCUGCCUGUACCUAUCCUUGGUGAGGGUAUCCAGGCAGUGGCAGACGGCUUCACAAAGAUUACCGGCCGCUUUCGUGGUGGUGUCCGCGACGCGGGAAAAGACGUGAAUCAUGUCAUUGAUAACACCAGUGGCUUCGUUCCACCAAGCGAAAACCGCGGCCACCACCAGCACAGCUCAAAUCCAAGUCAAUCCAGCACUAUACAUAACAACGAGAGACACCAUGCCACCAAGGCUCACGAUGCCACUGCUCGUAGCGCAGCACCGCGACAUGACUCCGUCCAAGUUGGUGCUAAGAUCACCACUAAUCGAGCUCUAGCCACGUCUAACCUCUAUCCUACCUCACCGAAAUCCCCACUCGAUCUCGACGGCACAAUGAACACCCCUCGCGAUGCCCAACCCAACGACAACGACCGGCGCCCCCUUAACCUGGCGAGCCCUGUCAGUCCCGUCUCUAGCACGGAUGAGAAGAAGAUGGCGCAAGGGAAGCCACAACCAAAGCCUACCUUUGGUCAGAGAAUUUUGAGACUGAUAGGCCUUGAUAGUGACGACAAAGAGCCUGUGGAAUACCCAAAAGCCUUCAACCAGCAACUCGAGACGGAUGAGCAGGACGCAGUCUGGCGUAACUACAUUGAAGAGAAGGACCGUGACACACAUAGACUCCCCAUUUUACGGCUGCAGUGGAUGCCAUCGAUACCUUUUAUAGGUCAAAAGGUUGAUACAAUCUAUUGGUGCCGGAAGGAGGUUGCCAGACUCAAUGUCGAAAUUGAGGAUGACCAAGCAAAUCCUGAGCGCUUUCCACUGAUGAACUCUGCUUUCAUCCAAUUCAAUCAUCAAGUCGCGGCUCAUAUGGCAUGCCAGUCACUCAGUCAUCACCUUCCCAAACAAAUGGACCCGCGACUGGUCGAGAUCGAUCCUAACGACGUUAUAUGGGACAACAUGUCGAUUCCGUGGUGGCAGGAUUAUGUCAGAACUGCCGUGGUUGUUGGCGUCAUUAUUGGCAUGAUCAUUCUCUGGGCUGUACCCAUAGCCUUCACGUCCGCGGUGUCACAGUUGACCACACUCGCCGAACAAUAUCAUUGGCUCCGCUGGAUCUUGGACCUGCCAACAUGGUUCAGGUCAUUUCUUCAGGGUGUACUUCCAAUCAUACUCCUCGCACUCCUCACCUUUCUGCUGCCGGUCAUUCUCAGAGCACUAUGCAGAUUUCAGGGAGUCAAAUCCGGUAUGCUGGUCGAGCUUUCAGUACAAAAGUAUUACUUCUUUUUCAUAUUUGUGCAACUGUUCCUGAUCGUCACUAUUGGUAGUUCAGCAGUACAGCUUGUCAGAUCAUUCACUAGUGUUGAGGGGAUAGCUAGUGUGCCUAAUCUCCUCGGUCAGACGAUUCCAACAGCAAGCAACUAUUUCUUCUCCUACAUUCUGCUACAAGCACUGUCAGUGAGUGCUGGAGCGUUACUGCAGAUCGGAUCGCUGGUGGUCUGGUUUAUCCUCGCUCCAAUACUCGACAGUACAGCUCGAGCCAAGUUCAAAAGGCAAACAAACCUGUCGAGCAUUCAAUGGGGCACAUUCUUUCCUGUCUACACCAAUUUUGCUUGCAUUGGCAUCAUCUAUUCAGUCAUAUCACCUCUUAUCCUCAUAUUCAACAUCAUAACCUUCUCUCUCUUCUGGUUUGUCUAUCGUUACAAUACUCUCUACGUCACACGAUUCACUCUGGAUACUGGCGGGCUUCUGUAUCCUAACGCCAUCAACUGCACCUUUGUGGGUGUCUACGUUCUGGAAAUUGCUUUGAUCGGUCUGUUUUUCCUGGUCAGAGAUGAAAAUGGAAGUGUUGCUUGCGAGGGACAAGCAAUCGCCACUAUCGUCAUGGUUAUCCUGACGGCAGGAUAUCAGAUCCUCCUCAAUCAAGCAUUCAGCCCACUGUUCCGUUAUCUGCCUAUCACGCUGGAGGACGACGCUGUGCGGCGCGACGAGGAAUUUGCUCGAGCGAUGCGUUUGCGUCAUAACCAUCACAAUUCAGCCCACGAGAAGUUGUUGGAGCAAGAGCGUGAAGACGAGGAUAUUGAAGACCAGCUUGAAGACGCUGAGCGUCAUGAGCGCGAAGAUGACAGGCAGAUGCAAGAAUACGAAAUGAGACGUAUCACAUCAUAUUCCCACAAUCGCAACCGAGAGACUCUCCCACGCGACCCUCAGCAAAUUGCUACCAAUGACGAACCGGAGUUGGCCCCAUACACCAUCCAAAACCCCGAGAUCACUAUGGAUCUGGAUUCUGAUAGCAAAGCGUACAAAUCACUCAAGGUCACCAAAGAUCUCGCUUCCAAAACUGUCGAUGCACUUCCCGUCCCCAUUCAGCGCGGCCUUAGUAGACGCCGAAAGAGCUCAUGGGCAGACAGGAGCAACACUCGCAAUCGAAAAAGCAGUCAUUUCGGACAGAACUAUAAUCAAGCCGAGAGCGAGCGAAGAUCCACUCAAAGCAGUCGUCAUCGACAAUCAGCGGAACACACGUAUUCGUCACAUAAACACCUCGAUCGCAGUACGUCGAGCAAACAUGGCAGAGGCACCCCAGAUCCAGCCAAAAAGGCUCUCGACGCCAUCAACAACUUCAAUCCCAUCGCUGGCGACGUGCACGACAUCGAAGCGCAACGUAAAGCACGCGCCGAACUCUCCGACGCACUCUACUCCGGCAUUAACGACGAACUCGAGGACUUGUCACCAGAACAGCGCGAUGCUCUAGUCCAAAGAGCAUUUCAACACAGCGCUCUCCGUGCCCGGCGACCCGUGAUCUGGAUUCCACGAGACGAGCUCGGGGUUUCAGACGACGAAGUCCGACGCAUAGGACGCUUCGCCAAGCCGGAACUGACAUCUGAAGAGCGUGAGAGGAGAGGUGAAGGUGGCUACGCAGACGGAAGGAAAUUUCGAAUGAUCAACGGUCAUGGAGCUGAUAGUGAUGGUGGCAGUAUCUGGGUCAGUAAUGUGAGACAGGGUCUGGACUCGAAAGGACGGUGUGUGUACAGUGGUGCGCCUCCAGAUUUCUCAGAGGUGGAUCUGAUUCAGCUCUAA